UAAAGAGCGGCGCCGGCGGCGACCUAUGCUGGCAGCGGCGGCUGCGGCUGCGGCUGCGGCUGCGGCUGGCGGCGGCGGCGGCGGAGACUACCAGCAGCGACCUGGCGGUUGACUUUCUGAGAAAGACGAAGUCCGGUAGUUUUGAUCCAUGUCCCAGAAGCCGGAGCAACAACUAUCUGAGGAUAUAGCCGGCUAUAUAGCGUUUGUAGCCUCUGGAAAAUAUCGAACGAGUUCUCAGGCCAUCCCUAGGCAACGUUUUCACCCAGGCAACUUAUCCAGAUUGAUAGCUGGCGAUGGAUCUGUUACUUCCGUUCAAGAUUGGGGAUCUCGCAGAGCUCAAGUCUUUCCUGAUCGGUUACAGGAGUGCAUGGUUUCGCUGCAAGGUACAUGAUAUGCGUCUCAACAGUUCUGCUGGAUACCUGGAGUAUUACUUGGAGUAUAUUGACUAUAGUACAGAACAAGAGAAGGAGUGGGUUAAGGUCUUUGAAGAGAACCCAACAAGCUCCAAUCAAAAUUCAAGAGAGAGUACUCAACUCAUGAUAAGGCCUUGUUUUCCUCAAUGGUAUUAUGGACAUGAAGUUCCUGAGCAGUUCCCAAAUAGUGAUGUCACAGCAAUUGUUGAUGAAGCCUGGAAAGUAGGUGAUCUGGUUGAUUGGUUCACUGCAGGUUGUUAUUGGUCUGGGACAAUUACGAAGUUACUCGGCAAAAAUAUGGUCGAGGUAAAGCUGCCACCGCCUCCCAUAGGUGAAGGCAUACGUUAUCGUGCUAAUUGUAAUGAUCUGAGGCCUACUCUUGAGUGGUCCCUAACAAAAGGUUGGACUGUACCUCUUUCACAGGCAAAAAGAAAACACUGGCAUGCUGCUCGUCUACUUCAACAUUCUAAAUCUGAAUCAGAGAAGAGCACCUCAGAUGAAGAGUCAUCGUCAGAUGAUGAAUAUGGUGAUAAUGGUGGGGGUGUGCAGCAAUCAGGAUGCAGAGCUUUGAAUCUGUCUCAGGGAGGUCCUGUCGUCCUGGCACCUCCAUCGGCCAAAAACAGUGCUUCCAGCCCAAAAGCUCAAGAGGAUGGAAUUAUCCCAUCCGCAGAGAACCUGAAGCUCAGUUCAACAUCCAAACCACCAGGCCCCGGCCAUGGCACUCAAUCUGCUGCAACCAGCAGCCAACCUGCAGGCACCGGAGUUACUGUCAAGCAAGAACCAGGUAUUGGAAUCUCAAUCAAGCAAGAGCAGGAGUGGCCCCUGACAGUAGCUGAGGCUGAUGAUGGUCCAGACGAGUUUCUGGAGAAGUUGGACAAGCUUCAAGCCAAACUUGACUACCUCGUGGAGCGCACACAGGUGGGACAGGAACGUCGUGCAGAGGUGCUGGCUUCCAGCCAUGGGUCGACGAAGGACAACGCGUCAAGCAAAUGAAGUGGCUUUGAAGGUGUGCAUCUUCACCUGGGGCCAUCGAGUGCCUGUUGUUGCUGAAUGUUGAAUGUUGUUGUGAACUGUUUCUGGAGUGUUUGUUUGUAGUUGCAGGAAAUGGUAAUCCUGCUUAUAGUUGCUGCUAACCAAUGGAUGGUUGAUGAACUCGUAAAAAACUUCAUUUUGUAGAAGUGAAGGGGAAUGCAUUGGUGCGUUAAACAUUU